AUGGUUGAAAUCAGCGAGGUCAAGACGAGCACUGCUGCUCGGGAUCGGGCUGCUGCUCAUACGCAUAUCAAGGGGCUUGGACUUGACGAUGAAGGCAUUGCCAAGUCGAUCGAUUCUGGUUUCAUUGGCCAACAAUCGGCGCGUGAAGCGUGCGGCGUGGUUGUGGAUAUGAUCAAGGCCAAGAAGUUCAGCGGCAAGGCUGUGCUGCUCGCUGGUGCUCCGGGAACCGGUAAGACUGCUUUGGCGUUGGCUGUUUCUCAGGAACUCGGACCAAAGGUGCCUUUCUGCCCCAUCGUCGGCAGCGAAGUGUACAGUGCUGAGGUCAAGAAGACUGAGGCCCUCAUGGAGAACUUCCGUCGGGCUAUUGGUAUUCGUAUUAAGGAAACAAAAGAAGUCUAUGAGGGAGAAGUCACUGAGAUGACGCCAGAGGAGACCGAGAACCCCCUGGGUGGCUAUGGCAAGACCAUCUCGCACGUUGUAGUUGGCUUGAAAACCGCCAAGGGAACCAAACAGCUCCGCCUUGAUCCUAGCAUUUAUGAGAGUAUUCAAAAGGAAAAGAUCUCUGUUGGUGAUGUCGUGUAUAUCGAGGCCAACACCGGCUCCGUGAAGCGCGUUGGCCGCAGCGAUGUGUAUGCCACCGAGUUCGAUCUCGAAGCCGAAGAAUACGUUCCUUUGCCCAAAGGCGAAGUCCACAAAAAGAAAGAAAUUGUGCAGGAUGUCACAUUGCACGACCUGGAUGUUGCAAACGCUCGACCCCAGGGCGGCCAGGACAUUAUGUCCAUGAUGGGCCAGCUUCUCAAGCCCAAGAAGACCGAAAUCACUGAGAAGUUGCGGUCGGAAAUCAACAAAGUCGUGCAAAAGUACAUUGAUCAGGGUAUCGCUGAGCUCAUUCCCGGUGUGCUCUUUAUUGACGAGGUCCACAUGCUCGAUCUUGAGUGCUUCACCUACUUGAACCGGGCUCUCGAGUCCUCGAUCUCCCCUGUGGUUAUUUUGGCUACAAACCGUGGCAUGACCACUGUUCGCGGCAGCGACGGCGUUGUCUCCGCCCAUGGUGUCCCUCCUGAUUUGGUGGAUCGCCUUCUGAUCAUUAGGACGCUUCCUUAUUCGCAGGACGAAACUAAGGCCAUCAUCGAGAGCAGAGCCUCUAUUGAGGGCUCACCUUUAGAAGCUGAUGCUCUUGAUCGCCUGGCUGUUAUUGGUGUUGAGACCUCUCUUAGAUACGCUUUGCAACUGCUGGCUCCUUCGUUUAUUCUUACCGAUGCCAACGGCCGGUCAGUUAUUUCCGUCCAGGAUCUUGAAGAGGCUCAGGACCUGUUUUUGGAUGCUUCGCGGUCUUUGAAGACCGUCCAGGGUGACAGCUCUUACUUGGUGUAA